GCGACAAUAAUGUUGAACUUCAUGUGCGGCGUUGUUCUUGUGACCUUGACGGUGAUGAUGACCUUCAUUCCAAUCACCCGCGAUGUGGCUUUGAAAUUGGUGUAUCUUUUCAGGCUCGCUCCGCCAUUCGCUGCAGGAAAUGGGCUCUUGAAUGUCGUCUUCACGGACUUCUUUUCGUCGCUGGAUCAGAAACAAUACACACCAUACUCGUUGAACAUCGCCGGGUACUCUAUGAUCUACAUGAGUGUGGAGACUGUAGUAUAUUUCGUCCUGGUCUUGUGGGUCGAGUACUUGAUCCGUCGUCCUACCGUAUCGAAGCUUUUAGAGGGCGGCUCUUCGUCGAUGGCUGCGAAGGACUGCUCUGGAAAAGACGAAGCCGUGCUGGAGGAGGAGAAUCGCGUGCGUCGCGAGGCAACGAUAGACACAAUGAAAGCGGGAGGGGAUGUCGUGGUGAUCAAGGACAUGACCAAGACGUAUCGUGGCGGGAAACUAGCUGUGAGGGGCAUGUCUCUUGGCAUCCCUAAUGGGGAGUGCUUCGGUCUGCUUGGUGUGAACGGUGCAGGCAAAACGACCACGCUGAGCAUUCUGACGGCUGAGUUCCCGCCGUCGUCAGGGCAGGUGUGGCUUGGCGGGUACGACAUCGCUGACAACCCGGAAGUGGUUCGCCGCCUGGUAGGGUACUGUCCUCAGUUCGACGCUCUUUUCGAUCUGCUGACUGGUCAGGAGCAUUUGGAGCUGUACGCCCGUGUGAAGGGGUUGAGCGAGGCGCAAGUGAAGACGGUGGUAGCGCGGAAAGUAAUGGAGAUGGACUUGGUGGAAUUUGCGAACCGGAACGCUACGACUUACUCGGGAGGCAACAGGCGCAAGCUGAGCGUGGCCAUGGCUAUGAUCGGCUCUCCUCAGAUCGUGAUUCUGGAUGAGCCUAGCUCUGGAAUGGACGCUGUGGCUCGUCGCUUCAUGUGGAAGGUCAUCAGCGACAUCACGACAAAGCGGGGCGAAUGCUGUGUGAUCCUCACGACACACAGCAUGGAGGAAUGUGAGGCGCUGUGCACACGCAUCGGCAUAAUGGUGGGAGGCCGCUUCCGGUGCAUGGGGUCUGCGCAGCAUCUCAAGUCGCGAUACGGGAUGGGCUACCAGCUAGAAAUCUCCGUCGCAUUGCCACGUGGGGAGAUUGUACCGGCCAGUGACGACGAGGACAGUGGGGACGAGACAGAGGGCAAACGAAUGGUCCUGCCGGCGGACGACACCUUUUUGGCUCGCCUCGAAGGCGCGGCGGCACGUCUCUCAACGGAGCGCUUCACUAUGCCGCAGCUAGAGAUAGCUCUAGCAGCUAUCGACAAGGCAGCGUGGCUUGAGGUUAUCUCACCGACGGGCACUGGAGCAGAUGUAUGGCAAACGGUGACGGCUUCAGGUAGUAUAGGUGUGCGGGAGUUUGCUGGUUGGUGCUCGUUGGAGGACCGUAUGGAGAGUAUUUUGAGGUUUAUAAUGGACAACUACCCCGAUGCCGUCCUGCGAGAGCGCCAAGGCACCAAGGUUCGCUUCGAGAUUCCGUCCAAGGACACAAAUACAGGGGCGGCUCGCAAGCUCUCUGAGAUGUUCGGCUUGAUCGAAGAUAACAAAGGGAGAUUGCAUGUAGAGGACUAUUCGGUAUGUCAAACGUCCUUGGAGCAGAUCUUCAAUUUCUUUGCCGGGCAACAGGAGGAAGAGAAGGGUCCUGCAGCAGGAAUCAUCAGGGAUUUGAAGUCCUCGCUGGGCGUCACUAUCGAAGAUAAGAAGGGUACUUCGACAGCUCCCACGUGUGUCGGGGGCGGCUCGAAGGUCCUCCCUGCAGCGGCAAUCAUUUAAAUCUCAUUAAUAUUUUCUUCAUUCAGAAGAGGCAGCAAAUACUUGCCAGCUCUUCACUUUGUCUUUUUGAGUCAACAAGACGCAAUCUGAUUUGUCAAACGCAGGUGAGUCAGGCAAUGUAUGUUGCUGGUAGGGUCGAGAUAUAUCAAUACGAAGAGAUCAGAUGUCGCAUGAAUGGUCUUGCCGUGCCGUGCCAGCUGGACACGGUUAGGAAAGGAACAAGUUGAUCUCUUUUUGAUUCUUCUGAUACCCUCUAGUAAUAAAAGUAAGGGUUAUCUGAGGAGCAAUGGUUCACGAUGCAAAUCUUUGCAGCGUUAUAUAGGUGACAUUAUCAAGGGUUUUUAGGUGAGGGAUUCAGACAGAGCGAAGAGGCCCUUGACGUGCUAUACACGAUGUACGAUAAAAUUGCUUCAGAAGAUAGGAUCCUGAAGGAUUUUUGUAAGACACUAUAGGAAUACAAAUUUACACAGCUAAAACAGUACGAGGAAGGACCAGGCUCCGCAGGAGGAUUCCGUUGUGAACAACCGGAAAAAAGAUAUAUGAUCCUUCAAGUAUCUGGGAAUAGUCGGCCACAGUGAGCAAAAGAGUCAAAGAAAGAUCGAUACGUGGAAUACAAAUGCAAUUGU